UUGAAUGUUGAUCCAAAAAAAUUAUUAACAUUUUCUUGGCAUUCCUUGUUUAUUUUUCGCAGCAGUUGAAUGGGCGGAGUCUUAUAAGUGACCCCUCCCACUGCGGACGUUGCGUGAUGACGAUGGUAGCAGGUGAUUCAGCUCAUCUCGAUGGAUGCUGAGGAGAGAGGGCGGUCGGGAGGGGCAGCUGUAUCUUGCACAAAUUCUCAGUCUCUCUUAUCGUAAAGAGCUCACGGUGACAGGACGUACAUCGCCAAAAUAUUUCGCGCGUUAUUACGCGUAUUUUACGUGGUUUCUUUAGCGUUUGAGCACAGUAAUGUCUCUUCUUCGAUUUGAAUUCGGAUUUUUAUCCUGUCAUCUUUGACAAGAACGAAUCGGACAUUUUGCGCAUCCGCCGUAAGAGGGUUUGGUUGACAGUUCUGCAAACUGAUUUACAAAACAUCGAACCAAGGUAAUCGAUUGUCCCAAUACACGCCAACAUCAUGGCAUGGCCCUGUAUCUCCAGAGCCUGCUGUAUGGCUCGGUUCUGGAACCAGCUGGACAAUGCCGACAUUGCCGUGCCUUUGGUUUUCACCAAGUACUCGGACGUGUCCGAAAUGCAGCAUCUUCACCUGCAGCAGCAGCAGCCUGCGCAGAAGCAGCCGCACGCGGUGCCUAUAGAAACACAGCCGCUUCACAACGACCCCGACGCGGUGACCAAGGGACCCAAGGGGGAGGAGAUAGUUUGCGGUUCGGUGAUGCGCCAGGACUUCAAACACUGGAAAGUUCGUCCAGAGCCCAGCUGUAAGCCCAAGAACGAGUAUCACUGUCCCGAGGUUCCAUUUAACAACAAGACCCAGUAUCAAAAGGACUUCAAACCCUGGCCUAUCCACAAAAGGGGAGACCAUCCGUUGAUUCUCAAAGCCGCCGGCAGUGACCCGAUCCAAUUUAGGUCCAGAAACACCAAUGCAGAAAUGGACAAUGGAGUGGAGAAAAGUGAGAUUGCAGACAAGGUGCAGGAAAAGGAAAUCUUGUCUAGUGAAAGGAAAAGGCAACCUAAGAAAGUCACCGUGGCUUCCGACAACAAGUCUGGAGCGGACGCCGCAACUACCGAUGGCAAAGGGAGGGCAGCAGUAGAUGCCCUCAACCGGCAGAUCAAACAGGAAGUUACCUCUGGAAGCUCCUACAGGAACGAGUUCAAAGCCUACUCGGAUGUGAAACCUGUGAAGCUCAUCAAGGCUAAGUCUCAGUAUCAGCCUCCCAAUUUGAAGACUGACCUGCAAACCAGUUACAGCGCCACCUACAGGGGUUGCCAGGCCAAACCGGAGGUUGAUGACAACAAGGCCCUGGAUAGGCGAAGGAUACGCACACUGUACCAUGAACCUUAUAGAGAGUCCAGUAAGGCGGAAAGAACAAGUCUUCCCCGCACCAAACCCAAAAAGAGCACUUCCACAUCCGCCACGCCCGGAAAGCCAACAAAGAAGUCCAAGGAGAAGCAGGUGAUGUCAGUGCGCGGUUUAAAGAAGAAGAGCUCCGAGAACCAGCCUGAGAGCAAACCGACGCAGGCCGACAAGGAGAAAAGUAAAGCGAUCAACAACAAACUGGCUGAGGCGAAAGAGUAAAAUUGCACUUCUCUCAUUUCAUUUCUACCUGAAUGGUUGAACGAAGGCUGCAAAAUGAUUUAAUAAGAGGUUCUCAUUCCUUUACUGUUCUGUCUAUUGCUGACCCCGCCCCAUCUUUCUCCCUCUCUAUAUAUCUGAUUCACCUCUUGAUUUCUUCUCACUGUAUUUCCCGUCUAUCUUUUCCUCUCUCGCUCGCUCUCAUUCGCUCACUCUCUCAUCCUUUAGAGAGGUUAGUGGGUUUUUAAGGAAGAUGUUUUUUUCAGGGUUGGAUUUUUUGCCUCGCGUUACGUACAAAGCGUUUGCAUUUACUAUUGCUCCACCCACUCUCCUCAUCUCCACAACGAGGUUUCCAUGGCAACUACUUCACUGACGGCCGGUGGAUGCUGUUAUCUUGCAUGGAGCCAUCGGCUAGAAGCUCUGUUUGUUUUACCAACCAUAAGAUGCAGAGACUGGUGCAUUUCAUUUAUCAAGGGUUUUAACAUGAACAUGAAUUAAGUACCUUUUGAUGUCACGUUGAUGUAAAUUAGGCAAUGUAUAUUGUCAAAACGAAAGAUUUCUCAGACAAAAAUCUUUGAUAAAUGUGCAGCUUUGGUUAUUAGACUGUAUUGAUUUGGUUGGCCAACAUAAAUGCUUGCUUUGCCUGAUUUAUGUUGUCGUUUUUUUCAAAGAAUACCCUAAAAAGUGAUCUCUCAGAUCACUUUAUUGCUGUGUAUAUCUUUUUUUUUAAUACAUUUUCGGAACCAUCCAUGUCAUAAAAAAAUGAUGUUUAGUCAUUUUAGGAACAGAAUAUUUCCAAAUAGCUUCAUGUUACCUCCCAAAAGACAUCUGUCAAGGUUAUACAAUAAUAAUACAACCUUGUUUGAGCCCACUUUGUUGUCCGGACAACCAACUGGAUUACUGUAAUUUAAUAUUGCAUUUUGAGAUGUACUGUAAACGGUCUUCGGAUAGAAUAGGAUUUAAUUGUUCACUGUGUUGUACAAGAGUUAUUUAAACUAAGAUGGUUUUGUACAUUUUCUUUGUUUUGUUUUGAGGUGUCAGGGGGUUUCUAUCCCAUUCUGCGUCACUAGAAGAACUACCACAUUUAACACUAUCCUUCACCCGACAAUUUUCUAUUUGUCUUUCACACUCAAACACACACAAUGAAUCAUGCCAUCCCCAUCCCCCUAAAGGGGGUCCCUGAGCUAAACAGAUGGAGGAUCCCAAAUAUGCAUAGAGAACUCAAAAGGUCAAUAGAUUAGACAGCAUUAAAAUCAAAAGCCUUUCUUGUGUGAAUGCAAAUUUAACAUAUUCAUUAUUAUGGACAUUCCCCGGAGUGUCUCUUGCUUUGUUUUGCUUCUGCAUCCCUCCUGUUGUCCGAUGACGGAUAUGACUUGACUAAUUGUGUUGUUUAUUAUCAUGUGUUCCUUGACGUUCUGGUAAGUCGAAUGCUGUUUGUUUAUUCUGUUCGCUUUCACCUGCUGCAUGAUUUCAUCAUCUUUAAGAAUUAUUUCAAAAUUGAAUCAAAGCUUAUCUAGAAUACAACGGAAGGGUAACUUUGGAAGCUUAAUUCUGAUAUAUGUACACGUAUCCACUGGCCUUUACACUGAAAUCUUUGGAUAUAAUACGAUCACGCCAAUUGCAAUAUCGGCUGAUUACAAAAUCAUGGCUUUUAUUCUCCUUGCAUGUGACAUGAGACUCUCACAGAUUCAUGUCCAUUCAUGACAAAAGAUCUAAAGAUGUUGGUACUAAAUGACAUCUUAGUAUCUCAAUUUUUUGAUUUGCUGCCAUUAUUGCAGUACACUGUGUACGAUCAUGCUUUGCAUUGUUUUUCAUGGACAAUCCCUCUAUAAGUCCUCACUCUGUCUCUGGUCUCAUCUGUUGCGGUCUUCACAAUUAUCAGUAUGAUUAACGUUCAUUGUGCAGUUGUUUGCGUGAUAAGCACACGGUAUGCUGUGACCUUUAGCCGGAUUGAAAAAACUGCCAGAAAUUUACUUGAAGCUGGUAUGUAUAAUGCGUUAUAAAUGUAUUCAAAUAAAGACCUUAAUACUUGUGUUUGUAUAAUAAUUUGUAAUAAAACGUUUGCUCUGUUUUUUUAAUAACGCUGUAUAUGAAGGUACAUCAUAAUUAACCAUAAAUGUGUCUCUAAGUAUUUCAAAAUAUAUAUAAUGCAUGGCAAUGUACAUUACAAAUGCUUAUAAUGCAUUAUACAUACAGCUUUAAAAAGUGUUUUAUAGAAUUUGAUAUUUUAUAUAUAUCAAUUCUCAAAUGUUCCAUUUAUUAAGCCAAAUAUACUCUUCUGAUUUCUUCAGUCUGGCUUCAGGACACAAGACCUUCAGGGUGAGGGCCUUUUCUUGUGUUUUGCAGCCUUUGGUGACUCAAUUAUUGUGUUAUUGUAACUUUGGGAUUAAAGUAAGGGACCCCGGGGAGACAGAGAUGGCUAGUGGGGUUGUACAUGUAUAGCGAAUGUGUGUGCUUAGCACAGGUGCUAUCUUUAGUCCAUGCAUUCUGAAAUAGAGAGAAAAAUAUUUGAAAAACUUGUGAUGUGAAGGGGCCUCAGAUUUAACUGUGAUGAUGUUUAUUGUGAUUACUCUCUCUGCUUGCUCAUAUUUAUUGAAAUGAAUAAAUGCAAACGCAGAAACAGAGGUGUCAUGGUUUGUUUUGUUUAAGAUGUGAAAGGUUUUGUGGACCCAACGGUAGGUUCAUCUGUAUGUCAGUUUUUCCCCUGUACCUCUGUCUGUACGUCUGUUUCUGUCGUACAUGUUGCGCCACAUGGAAGAGAACUAUGUGGAUUUUUUCGGACCGUUUGGGUUUUGAUCGUGUUGGCGAAUCUCAUUGUGUUUGUGGGCCGUGGAAUAGAUCAGCAUCAAUAAACGCAUAUUGCUGUCAGAUGGGAGAUGAUAAAAAAAUAUAGCAAAAAUUUUCAGUCCUCUCCAACUUAAAGUUUUCUUGUGACUUUUUGCAUUGAGUUUCAAUUGACCCUUCGCAAGCAGUUUGAUUGACAUGCGAUCUGACCAAUCAUAAUGGCGAUAUUAUCUGCGCCCUCCGGUCCCGUGACUGACCGCCAUUUUGUCCGACAAACCAGCCGAAGUAGAGCUUUGCCGAUUAAUAUGAAAAAAUAGAUUUUUAAUUAUUGUAAUAAUAAACGUAUAUAUAUAAAUAUAUAUACCGCUUUAAUUGAUGUUCACACUAUAACGAUAAAUGAUAACUAAGUAAUAACUUUAAAAAAUCAUUCAAAUGCCUGAGAAUAGUGGAGUUCACAUCCCAACUACAGUAUACCAAUACAGACGAUAUAUUUGGAAACAUUCAUGUACGUAUUACAGAUGGAAGCUUUACACUGUGAAACAUGCUGGCUUCUCAUGCUAACAUGGUCAACUUGUUAAAAAACGAGUUAGACGUAUGACGUAGUAUUUCUGUACUUGAUACACUACCCCAGCACUCCAAAUUGUUUCAGAAAGUGUUUUUUAUAGUUCUGGAUCCCUGUGUCGUUAAAUGGGAUUAAUGUGAUGAUGUGUUGCUUGCUCGUGCUGUAGGUUCAUCCCACUUUCCCCACUAGUCCCACCUCUAACAUCUCGUGUUUUUCCGGAAAUAAUUGUAAAGCUCUAUCUUUCUUUUAAAAUUUUGUUACAGUCAUCUCAAAUCAUAAAUGUAUCCCUCGAAUGCAUAUUGCAGAACUUUCUGUCUGAAAUAAGCGUCAUCUUUCCAGAAAUUCUUCACUAUUUCCCUAGUAGGGAAUGCACACAUUAACACUGGGACAGCAUUGCUGAUACUGAAAGCUUGUCAGACAGGAACGAAGGGGGGUGGGGUUUUGCAAAGGGUCAAGUGGAUCAGUAAAAGUUUUAUGCAUUUUUCAAACACUUACUGAAACCUCAACUUAGCCAAUUGAAAAAGAUGCAACUAUAGUCACUAAGACAUAUGGUUAAGCUAAUUUUUUUACUGUUUUAGAUAACUAUAAUUUGAUUUAUGUUAGCUUUUGGUUUCACACAAACAUCUUAGAAAGAUGCAAAGUGUCCAAUUCCAGGUCCACAUUUCACAGCGAUUACUUAAAAGAUCAAUAUACUGUAUGUCACUUACUCAGGUCAUUGAUGCUUAUCAAUUAACUUAAUUUUUAUUAUUUUAAGCAAAGUGUAUUUUUGUAUAGUAGGAGUCGAGGUUCGUCCUAAUCUGAAAAUUCACCAUUUACUCACUCUUAUAUCACCUGCAUAACACAAAGGAGUCAUUUCCAUUUUGCCUUUCACUCAAUGCUUUUGUAUGAACAAUUCAUUGUAAAAAGACAAUGACGUCGAUUUGUAACGACACAAGGAUGAGCGAAUUGUCAUUUUUGAGUAAGCUUCAGUUACUUUUAUGUUUAGCUAACAGGUGGUCUUGUCGUUCGUUUGAAGGGUUAUGCUAAAACAGUACCACUACAUUCAGCUCUGUCAGCCCAUCCGAGAUUUUGGUUGGGUGCAGACACUAAAGCAACAUCUGUGGCGCUGUACCCUGCCCGAUCCAAGGUAAUGCUCGACUGAGAUUAGUCAAACUUCUCACGCAUUCAUCCGUUCUUCAACAGCACAAUUAUUAUUCACUAAAAAAGUCUGAGUUGUGUCACAUAUUGGCUAAUGCUUCAUGCUGUAGUGUUUCCAGUCCAUCAACUUAUUUGCUCCCAUACGUAUUCUCUUCCAUAUGGACAGUGUUGAAGGUUAAACGGGACAGUUUGACUGCUCGUGGUGUGUGUUGUGUUUAUGUUUUCUUGAGGUUAUUAAAUAUUCAGGUGUAUUUUUUGCAUGCAUUCUUUGUUUUAUUGUGGACCACCAUCACACACAAGCUUGUCACUGUGUCUCUUGUAGAAAGUAGGUCAGGAAAAAAUAUUUUUCUUUAUCCAUUUAGUUGAGUCUUGACUUGGCAUCUGAAAGUAGUGUGUAACAUGUCACAUUUAGAUGUGUUACUUUCAAGUCGAUGUACCAUCAAUCUGUCCUCCAAUUUAGAGUGAACUUUAAAUGUCACAUCUCUAUUUCUUUCAACAGAUGAAAUUGACUUGCUGAUAUUUAACAGUUGCAUGGUUUCACAGACAAAGCUUAAGACUAGUCCCAGACUAAAAUGAAAGUUUAAGUUGUGUUUUUACUGAAAAUAAAUAGCCCUGACCUGUCUUAAUAUUUUAGUAUACACACCAGUAAUAUUUGUUUCUAAGCAUUUUAAUAAAAGCGACUUAAAUAUCCUAUUUAAAGUAAGGCAUAGUCUUGGCUUAUGCUAAGCCUUGUCUGUGAAACCGGGCCCUAGUGUUUGAUGUUAGGAACAGCACAUUGUGUACUUGUCCAAUGGUGUCUGUCUUGAUCUUUUCAUGUUUCAUUUUCUAUACUUUUUCUUUGAACAAACUGGGACCACAUCUAUUAAAUUGUUGGAUGUGUUACAGCCGAUAUGUAAAUGUAAAUCACAUUUUUCUUAUUUAAUAUUCAUAUUAAACAAACAAAAAAGGAGAAAUAUUACAAUAAUUAAAGCAAUAAUUAAUUAAUGUCAAAUAUAUUUCAAAUAUUUUCAUAAGAGUAUUUAUUCUUUUGUAAAAUAUUAUGAAAAAAAAAGUAUUAUUAUUAUUAAAGGAGUCAUAUGACAGGGCUAAAUUAUUAUAUUAUUAUGUUUUAGAUGUAAUGCAAUAUGUAUACAGAAUUUAUGGCUCAAAAACGGUGUUUUUUCACAAACCGUGCAUGUUUGCAUCACUGAAACGCGCAGAUUUUUAUCAAAGGUCAUCGCUCUGAAAAGUGAAGGAAGAAAUUGCAAAUAUUUCUCCUUUGUUUAUGCAAUAAUUGUACCUUUUAUUUUUUAUCUUAACAUUGCAUAUUUCAAGUUCCGCAAUUUUACACCCAAAUGUUUCAAAUCUACUGUAUAUAUGAAUAUUUUCCCUUUUAUCACUUGUAUUGGUCUCAUUCUAAAUACAAAUUAAAGGGUGUCUCAGAUUGUUCAAAGCUUUGUUUGUUUUAGUGCGCACUUCUAUUUUUCUGAUAAAACACUUCUUGUUGUGACUCUAUGUCUCUCUCUCUUCUCUUUCUCUCUCCCUGUCUUCCUUCCCCACCUCCUUUGGCAAUCUAACACUGUGAUGUCCGCUAGUGAGUCUGAGUCUGGGCUCGGACGAGUCAGCGAUUAUUAUUCCGCGGGUACCUCUGGAGGAGAACCACUGGUGGAACGGCCAGAACCACGGAGCCGGGGAGUAGUUCGAUUCGCUCCGGAUGUCAAGUACUGACAAAAAGCACAAAACUGAUCAACUCUGCGUUUCAUACGAUGAGAAAAGUCAAGGUCAAAGUUCAGGAAAGGAAGGGAGGCAGCUAUAGACAGAAUUAGAAUCUAAUUAAUAAUAUUUUAAGACAUAUUUUUGCAAAACAAGCAAUCUGUGAAGUACUGUAUGUAUAUACUGUAGUGAAUGUUAACUAUUCAGAUUAAGUGAGCUUCCAAAUGAGAGAAAAAGGGGAACAAAGUAGGCCUGCGCCCCAAGACUGUUUGCAACAAUUGAAAUGGUGCUAUACAUUUUCUGUUACGCUUUUUGUCAAAACAAUGUUUUCAUGAUCAUUUAGAUUAGCAACCAUCUCAUGUCAUUAAAAGCUUCUUUCUUGAAAAUAAUUAAAAUAAAGAUUCUUUAAAGGUU